UCUCUGCAUGCCUGUUUCCUUUCCGUGCUUGCACCACUCACAAUCAGAUGGGUGUGCAGUGAGGCAGCCGGCGGAGCUGAGACCUCAGUCCUGCCCUGGGAGCGUAGGCAAACAUGGCCCUGCAAUGGAUGUUUCUCCUGCUCCUCACACCUCUGCUGGCAGCACAAAAUCAUGAUAAGCCCUCUCCGAACACUUAUGGAAAAUCCCUGGAAAAAGGAAAAUGUAAAGCUCCCUCUGACUGGGACUCCAGACUGCGGCUGUACCCGGAGAGGAGCAGCUAUGACUUGAACGAAGUGGUGCUGCUCAGGUGUGCUGGGAAGUUUUUGCCAUCUGUACCACAGAUUCAGUGCAUUUCCAGAGGGGCACAGGCCAUGUGGAAUGAGACUGCCACCUGCAAAGAGAGAUGCCAGCAGCCCCAGUGGAACUCAGAGCUCCAGUUUAGCCCAAACCAGAAUUUUUACUGGGUCGGUGAAGAGGUGACACUGAGCUGCUUUCUGAACGAUGCUCCUCCCCUUGCUGUGAUCAGAUGUGCAAACAGGACUCCUCCAAAACAGAACAAUGCCUGGGAGGUGUUGGCAAUUGGGGGAACGUGGCACAGGUUGACACAGAAGCUGACCUGUACCAUGGCAAAAUGCCCAAAACCUCAAUGGGAUGCACAACUUCAGUUUUCAGAGAGCAAAACCGAAUACCCACAGAAUACAGAACUGACGCUGACUUGUCCCAAAGGUCUUGAGCCCUCCUUCUCCAAGGUCAAAUGUACAAAAGAAUUUCAGAGAGUGAGUUCUGGAAAACCAGAUUAUGUGGAUGCCUGGUGGGGCAGGAACAGCAGAGGUGCCUGGACACGCAUUGAGAGGGAUGUCCUGUGUAUGGAAGGGUGCCAAAGGCCCCCAUGGGACUCCAGACUGCAACUGGUACCAGACCAGGAGAACUAUGAGAAGGAGGAGAAAGUGAACCUGAGCUGCCCUGGAGGUCUCCAGCCAACCUACACUGAAAUCAAAUGCCAGAGUGGACUGCAGGACUAUGAUGAUGAUGUGAUACCAUAUUCUGUAGAAAAAGAAGUUUGGCAUGCAAGAGACUCCAGAGGUGCCUGGGUCCCCAUUCAGUCCAGUGUGAAGUGCAUUGAAGGGUGCCAAAGGCCUCCAUGGGACUCCAGACUGCAACUGGUACCAGACCAGGAGAACUAUGAGAAGGAGGAGGAAGUGAACCUGAGCUGCCCUGGAGAUCUCCAGCCAACCUACACUGAAAUCAAAUGCCAGAGUGGACUGCAGGACUAUGAUGAUGAUGUGAUACCAUAUUCUGUAGAAAAAGAAGUUUGGCAUGCAAGAGACUCCAGAGGUGCCUGGGUCCCCAUUCAGUCCAGUGUGAAGUGCAUUGAAGGGUGCCAAAGGCCCCCAUGGGACUCCAGACUGCAACUGGUACCAGACCAGGAGAACUAUGAGAAGGAGGAGAAAGUGAACCUGAGCUGCCCUGAAGGUCACCAGCCAACCUACACUGAAAUCAAAUGCCAGAGUGGACUGCAGGACUAUGAUGAUGAUGUGAUACCAUAUUCUGUAGAAAAAGAAGUUUGGCAUGCAAGAAACUCCAGAGGUGCCUGGGUCCCCAUUCAGUCCAGUGUGAAGUGCAUUGAAAUCCUCAAGGUUGACCCCAACAACUCAGAGGUUUCCAGCAGCAGCAUCAAACUGAAGUGGACCUGCAGGUUCCCUGAUGCCUGCCAGGGCAUGAGGGCCAUGUGCCGGCUGGCAGCGCCUUCCUCCCCUCCCUGUGAGGCUAAGGAGGUGAAAGGAGAGCAGAUGUUACAUGGCCAGGAGGGAACAUUCACCUGCUCCCCUUUGCAGCCCUUCACUGAGUACCGUGUCACCAUCGACUUGCCCCCCAACACAACCCUUUUCUCAUGGUUGUUCAUGACAGAGCAAACAGUGCCGGACAAACCGGAGCAACUGUGGCUGGAUCCUGACAGGGGCUCUCUCAGGUGGAACUCGCUGCCCUCCUGCAACGGGGAGAUCAUCGGAUACCAGCUGAGCAUCACAGCCAGGAACGCAGCGGACAGCAGCGUGCUGGAGACGGAGCGGCUGCGGCUCAAUGGCUCCGUCACUGAGCUGCGGCUGCCGGAGCACAGCCCUGGCAGCAGCUACGCCGUGACCAUCCAGGGACUGACGGCUGCCGGAGCCGGGGCUGCGCUGGCCAAGGAGUUCCACAGCAGCAGCAGCAGCAGCAGCAGCUCCGACACCCCGGGGCCCCAGGGCAUCAGCUGCCGCAGCGCCCGCGACAUCGCCCCAUGGCAAGGCACGGCCGUGCUCGCCCUGAGCCCCAUCGCCCGCGGCUCCGGAGCAGCCAGGGAGCACCAGCUGCUCGUGGCCCCGACGCACAACGGCUCGGUGAUCGAGGGCAUGUGCUCGGGGCAGCCGCAGCUCCUCAACGCCAGCGUCUACGUGGCCGCUGUUCUCAACCUCAGCGCCCCCACGGACUUCGUGCUGGGCGACGGCAGCCGCGGGCAGGGCGAGCACAACGCUGCGCUCCGCCCGGGCUGCGGCUACACGGCCCUGCUGCGCCUCGCCCGCCGCUCGCCGCAGGCAGAGAAGUUCACCUGUGUCUGCUACAGCUUCUCUCUUGGGCAGGAGCCAUCAUCUCUACUGGACAGGAAGCUGGUGGUUAUGGCAGUAGCACUGACUGUUGCAUUCCUGGCACUGGGAAUUGUGCUGUUUUUUGUGGUCUUCAGGCUAAAGCACAACAGUUCAAAAGCCUCGGAGAACAACAGCACUAUACCCCUGAGAGGAUGUCAAAAAGAUGUACGCAAGCCAAACACACUGAUCCCAGUGGAGGAACUGCUGGAGGCUCUGAAGAUGUUUAAGAGGGAAGAAAUAGAGGCAGAGCAGGCAGAAGAUGAAUCAGUCAACAGGCAUGGUGCUGGGCUUCUUAGAGAAUAUCAGUCAUUGUCCUCCACUUUGUUGCACCCCUGCAAUGCUGGGAAGGAGCUAUGUAAUCAAAACAAGAACCGCUACAAGAGCAUCAUCCCAUAUGAUCACUGCCGUGUGGUGCUGCAGCCCUCUGACACCGGGAAUGACUACAUCAAUGCCAGUUAUGUGGAUACCUACAGAAGUCCUCGCUUCUUCAUUGCAGCUCAAGGCCCUUUGGCUGGGACAGUGGUGGAUUUCUGGCACAUGGUCUGGCAGGAGAAGACCUCAGUCAUUGUGAUGCUGACAGGCUUAGUGGAGCAGAACAAGAUCAAGUGUGAGCAGUAUUGGCCAGAGCAGGAGCAGGUCUACGGCGACUUCACCGUGACACUCAACAACACCUGGACCACCACGGGCCUUGUCAAACGCAUCUUCUGCCUGCAGAAGGCAGGCUGUGCUCUGCCAAGAGCAGUGGAGCAGUUUCACUACCUGCUGUGGCCGGACCACGGGGUGCCAAGAAACGCGUCGCAGCUGCUGUGCUUGGUGGAGGCGGUGAACAAGAGGCUGCUGGAAGCACCUGCUGGACCCGUGCUGGUGCACUGCAGCGCCGGGAUUGGGCGCACGGGUACCUUCAUCGCCCUGGACUUCCUCUUGAAGAUGGGCAAGGCCGAGGGGAAGGUGGAUGUGUUUCACUGCGUGCAGCAGCUGCGGGAGCAGCGGGUCAGCAUGGUGCAGACCAAGGAGCAGUACAGCUUCCUGUACGAGGCGCUCCUCGAAGGCUUGCUCUGCGGCAACACCGGGGUCCCAGUGGAGAGCAUCACCACCCUUGUGCACUCCCUUCGAGAGGAUGAGACCACAGGCCACACCAGAGUCCUAGAGAAGGAGUUCAAGGCCCUGCAGAGAUUUUCUGAGUUGUUCCAGCUGCUGCCGUGCAGAGAAGCAGAGAAACCCAGCAACCAACCCAAGAACCGCAAGCCAGGGAUCCUGCCAGCGGAUUCCUGCCGGCCCAUCCUGAUGUCCUCGGUGAACGCAGACGGCUCUCCCGCUUACAUCAACGCCGUGUUCGCCAGCACGUACACCGAGGAGGAGAGAAUCAUCAUCACCCAGCUGCCUUUCCCCACCACGCUGGUGGAUUUCUGGGCUCUGGUCUGGGAUUACAGCUGCACGUCGGUAGUUGCGCUCAAUCAACUCCAGGAGCUGGACAAGACAUACGUGCAGUUCUGGCCCACCCAGGGCGAAGAUGACUACGGCCGUUUCCACGUGCAGCUGAUCUCAGAGGAGCCUGGGGCUGGCUUCACAACAUGGACACUUGUCCUCAGCAACAGGCAGCAGCCCAAGAAAUCUGCAGUGGAAAUCCAGUUACAUCAACUGACAGACUGGCCCAUGCAGCAGCGUCUUCCCCCACACCCUGACACCAUCAUCAGCUUGCUGGGGAAGGUGGAGACACACCAUCGGCAGAGCCAAGAUGGACAUAUCCUUGUCACCUGCUGGGACGGAGCCAGCCGGAGUGGGAUCUUCUGUGCUGCUGGGUUCCUGUGCGAGCAGAUCCAAAGUGAGGGCAUGGUGGAUGUAUCCCAGGCUGUGAGGAUGCUGAAGAGACGGCGGAGACAGUUCAUUAAAGAUGUGGAACAGUAUGGGCUUUGUUAUGAGCUAGCCCUCAGUUACUUGAAUUCAUUUGAAACCUAUGGGAAUUUCAAGUAGGGACAUCACCACAACGUAACUCUGGAAGGGAUUUCAACUCCCCAAACAGCCCUUCAUCAGUAACAGUGGAAGCAAGAGGAAACAAAGGGAUGUGCGUGACCCCAAGAUGCUUCACUCCCCUAAAAAUCCACCCCAAGGGUCCUCUGUGGCUGGAGAACACAGGCUGGACUGUCUCCAAAUUUUGGCCAGGUUUUGAAAUGGGAACCGGACCCUCUUCCUAGCAUUUGUGCAGGAACUUAUCUGGAAUCACAGCCUGAGUAUGCAGACCAGAGCAGAAGCACCAGGACUCCACCUAUCCUUCCUUACCAAGGAUGAAGAGAACAGCUGUCCCAUCCAGGUUCCCUUGUCCCCUCAAGUAGCCCCAAGGAAAGUGGGGGAGCUCCAACAUCUAUAUUGGGUUUGGUCAGGCAAAUCUCAAACACAUGGUCCUGUAGAGCUAAACUGGUCCUUCAAACCCCACCCAAUAUCUUCCUGGGGGCUGCAUCUUCCUGGUGCUGCUCCAAAUUCCUCUGCCCUACCAGCUCCAUAGAGGCUCUCUCAUCAGCUGUCUGGCUGCACCAUGGCAAUCCCAGGUUAUAGUGGCUCAGAGUGAACAUCCUGGAUGUGCUUCAAGCAGCACCACAGAGAAAGGUUCUGCCUCUGCUGCCCAAACACAGGAAACUUCAGAACCAGGAGUGACCCCAUGGCUCUCUGUCUUGUGUCUCAUCAAUAAAGCCAUGGUGGUGGUGA